AUGUCCAAUGACGAAAGAACCCCUUUGAUCGGCGAUAUACCGCCAACCAGAGGCAGCGAUAAUGACGAGAGAAGCGUGGACCAAGCAUCCAAUGUAUGCACUGCGAAAUGGACACUUUCAACCAUCUCAAAGCGUCUUUAUGUCUCCCACUUCUUAUCUACUUGCAAUUCGCGGGUCUUUGAGUUCGGCAGCGUUCUUUACCUUGCGGCGGUCUUCCCCGGGACUCUCCUCCCUUUAUCCAUCUAUGCUGUGAGCCGGAGUGCGUCCGCGAUCUUGUUAUCCUCUCUUGUAGGGCACUAUAUCGACACCGGGAACCGGCUACAGGUGGUUCGGUGGUCUAUCGUUCUUCAGCGUGCGGCAGUGGCAAUUUCUUGCACUCUGUUUUUCAUCCUGGUCCGUGGAUGGGCGACCUCAGAGGCAUGGAAAACGGGUUCGCUGGUGAUCCUCAUCGUGCUCUCAUGUGUGGAAAAGCUGGCAUCGAUUAUGAACCUUGUGUCCAUUGAAAGAGACUGGGUUGUUACAAUCGCAGGUAAUGAUCGAGAUGGGCUCCAGGUUAUGAACUCGCAGAUGAGACGUAUUGAUCUUAUCUGUAAGCUCUUCGAGCCGUUUCUAAUCGGCAUCAUGGAUGGCAUUUCGACUGAAGUGGCUGUAUUGGUCAACUUUGGAAUGAACGUUGCAUCUAUUCCGCUGGAAUACUUGUUCAUCGCCCAGAUAUAUCAAAAGGUCCCGGAACUUCGGAGGCGAGAAUACCAAGAGCCGACAUCUGAAGCUCCCGGGAGCGAUGACGCAGCCCCUCAUCGUAUUGUCCAAGUCACAAGACGGAUAGGGGAGGGCCUGGACAAGAUGAGAAAAGAUGUCAAGAUGUACUUCAAUCACAGGGUCCUGCUGCCCUCCUUCAGCGGUGCUUUAUUGUAUCUGACUGUGCUGUCCUUCUCGGGUCAGAUGGUCACUUUCCUGCUCUCGAGGGGUGUUACGUCCGCUGAGGUUACCAUGGCUCGGACGGUGUCCGUAGGCGUAGAGGUGCUUGCAACCUGGGCGGGCCCAUGGCUGAUGCAACGGAUCGGCCCCAUUCGGGCGGGCUUAUGGUUCGGGAGCUGGCAGCUCGGAUGUCUAUUGGUAGGAGUAUCCAUGUUCUGGAGGUAUAUCGACGAAGCUAGGAUCUCGGUGUCAGGGCUGGUUGUCGGUGUCAUUUUCAGUCGCCUUGGACUUUGGGGAUUCGACCUCUGCUCGCAGUUUAUUAUACAGGAGGAGGUUGAGAUGGCAAACCGAGGCGCAUUCUCUACAAUGGAGACAUCGUGGCAAAAUGUGUUCGAACUCUGCUCUUACCUCUCCACCAUCAUUCUGUCGGAUCCAAACCAAUUUGGAUACCCGGCUACAGGCAGCGUCCUAGCCGUGACUUGUUCUUGGAUUCUCUACAGUCGAUUUGUGUGGCAGCGCCGGGGGCAUCUGCUGCACUGGCCAGCCUGCCUGCCCCAAAAGACGCGGAUAGCCGGAGAAGAUAGCACGACUGCGCUAUUGCGACGACGAUCAUGGUACUCCACGUAA